CCCUCAUCAAACUUUAUGAAACCAACAAGUCUCUUCUCAUUCCUUUGUUUGUUGUUUUCCUCUUCUCUACCUUUACUCCUUCCAUUCUAAUUUAUUCACUCCUAAAACCUCUUUAGGAGCAGAAGGCCAAUGGCUAUGGAGAUGACGGAGAAGAAGAGGAAUCAGCAGACCCUACAUUUCUCCAGAUAUCUCAAAUUCCUGCUUCUAUCUGCCUCCCUAUUUCUCUUUCCCGCCGUCGCCGCCGGCGAGCGCGAUUUCGACUACGCCGACGCGCUGUCCAAGUCCCUCCUCUACUUCGAGGCGCAGAGGUCCGGCCGGAUUCCGUAUAACCAGAGAGUGACGUGGCGCCACCAUUCCGGCCUCGCCGACGGCCUGGAGCAGAAGGUGGACCUCGUCGGCGGUUACUACGAUGCCGGAGACCACGUGAAAUUCGGUUUGCCGAUGGCGUUCACGGUGACAUUGCUGGCGUGGGGAGCGAUCGAGUAUGGCGCGGAGAUUGCGGGUGCAGGGGAGUGGGAGCACGCUCUUGAGGCCAUCAAAUGGGGAACUGAUUACUUCAUUAAAGCUCAUACUAGUCCAAAUGUGUUAUGGGCGGAGGUGGGUGACGGAGACACUGAUCAUUACUGCUGGCAGCGGGCGGAGGACAUGACGACAUCCCGGCGAGCUUUCAAGAUCGAUGAGAAUAAUCCGGGGUCGGAUCUCGCCGGAGAAACAGCUGCCGCCAUGGCGGCCGCCUCCAUCGUGUUCCGGGGAAGCAACCCGCAUUAUUCUCAUCUGUUAUUGCAUCAUGCGCAGCAGCUGUUCGAAUUUGGGGACAAGUAUAGGGGGGCGUAUGACAGCAGCGUGGGAGUGGCGAAAAGCUACUACGCUUCAUUUAGCGGGUACAAGGACGAGUUACUGUGGGCCGCACUUUGGCUGUUUCGAGCCACCGACGACCGCCGCUACCUCCGCUACGCAAUGGACAACGCCCAUUCUUUUGGGGGCAUCACUUGGGCCAUCUCAGAGUUCACUUGGGAUGUCAAAUAUGCUGGCCUUCAAAUCCUUGCUUCCCAGCUACUCCAGGAGGAAAGACACAGGAAGCACCACGGCCCCAUCCUUGAACAGUACCGUUCCAAAGCCGAACAUUACAUAUGUUCAUGCCUCAACAAAAACAUCGCCGGCAGCAACAUCAGACGCACUCCGGCCGGCCUCAUAUUCGUCCGGCAAUGGAACAACAUGCAGCACGUGUCGGUGGCCGCCUUUCUUCUCACAUUACACUCCGACUUCCUCAAGAACUCCGGCCAGAACCUGAGUUGUCCCGCCGGAACAGCCGUUGGCCACGAGGAGCUCCUCCGGUUCGCCAGAUCACAAGUGGACUACAUAUUGGGCUCGAAUCCGAGGAACAUGAGCUACCUGGUGGGCUUCGGCCCAAACUAUCCCAAGAGAGUUCACCACAGGGGGUCAUCCAUCGUAUCUUUCAAGGAGGACCAGAGGUUCAUAGGGUGCACCCAGGGGUACGAUGAUUGGUACGGCCGCGACGCGCCCAAUCCUAACGUCGUGCAUGGGGCAUUGGUCGGCGGACCGGAUCAGAAUGACGAGUUUGAUGAUGAGAGACAUAACUAUAUGCAGACGGAGGCGUGUACAUACAACACCGCGCCACUCGUCGCCGUUUUUGCUAAGUUUAAUUGCUUGAAUAAUAGUUGUAAUAACCGAACCUCAACUGCCUCUUUUUGAAAUACAGAAGGCACCAUAAUUUACACAAAAAUACCUACCUAUAGUUCUAUAAAUAUAUUCGUGUUGGAGGUAUUGGUCCUACCAAGGCCUCCCUUCCACUUUAUUUGCUGAGGCUUGCACCCUAUGUUUUACUCCCACUUUGGUGCCUUUUACCUUUGUAUAUUAUCUAAUCAAUAAUAUACAUGUUGACUCCUUACCUGGCUUUGGCCUCUUGUACUGUCCGCUGCAGUACCUGCCCUUGGCUUGCUAUACCCGUGAGUGUCCUUUGGCCAUCCCGUGAAUGUCCUUGUUGUUUGCCCAUAGGCUGGCAGCCUACUAUAAGUCAACUCUUUUCCCUUCUUUGUGAGAGCAGCCUGCGUGAGUAUUCUAUUGAGAGCAGUGCUCCCUUCUCCUUCUUUCCUUUGUGUGAGAGCUGAGAGAGGUCCUAAGUGGAGAAUAAAAAUAGAGUUGUGUUGUAGCUUCCUCCUAGUGUGGUGUGUGAGAGUGUGUGUUGAGAGACCUGAGCCGGAGACGGAGCCGAUCCUAACAAUUCGUAUACUCGUUUUUUCGUCACAAUCCAAAAAGGUGGAAUCGCCCACGCACGGGCCACGGCACACCUGACCUGGUGGACGGUGGAAAAGUUUUUUCUUCACGAUGUGCCUAUGUGUACACAAAGUAAUGUAUAUGCUGUGAAGUUUCCUUCUCACGCUUCUCAAUAGCAUGCAUGAAGCAAGAGAUUGGCAUAUUUUAAACGUUGUGGAUUAUGCUUUACAUGAAGAAUCAGUACCAUCUGUUAUUCCUCACCUGCCUUGUGCCAAAGUGUGAUAAAGUGUAGGCCAGAACAUGACUCAUUAUUCCAUCAUACUGUGACUAAAUUUCACAAUCUUCAUCCUACCAUAUAACUGACUGGGCGGUUUUAAAAGGUCUCAGGAUGGGGUGUCAUUGCUUUCAGAAAAAUACUUUCUAGUCCAUAUCUAGUUCAGUACAAGCAGUCUGAGUCUGAUCGAGUCAAUUUUAGUCUAAUUUUAGUUCAAGAUUUCAGUUUAUUCAUUGUAGGAAGCAAUGAAAUUAUUUUGGAUGGAUUAGAGCUGGAAGUCUGGGACUAGUUAUAGCCAAAAAACAGGGCAUGUAGAUUUGAACCAUAAUUUUGACACAAAUAAGUACAACUUGACCAUCUCUUUUAUGAUGGUCAACUAAAAUGAUAGAGAUGGUCAAAUUGUACUUAUUUGUGUCAAGUUGUACUUAUGAUGGUCAAAUACCCCAAGGGAAAGAAAGUCAGGGUACAAUAAGUACAUUUUGACACAAAUAAGUACAACUUGAACCAUAGUAGAGCCAAGGGAAAGAAAGUCAGGGUAUUUGCCUUGGCUCUAAAAUGAUCGACUCAAACGGGAAUCAAUUUAACUAGAACUUCACCCAAAAUAGGCCUAACCCAGAAAUAGGAACAGGUUGGCUCAGGUCGAUUACUGGUACCAGUUAUAGCAAUAAACGAUCGUGUUCACUCCUAUAUAAAUAUAGGAGUUAAACCAUAAAAUUAACACAAAUAAGUACAUCUUAACCAUCCCUUAACAUGAAAAUGGGUCAUGUUCAUUCCCAUCUCUUAAAAUUUGUCUUGGAGCUAGGCAUGGACCCAGACAAGAAUCAAUUUAGCUAGGAAUGGACCAAAACUAGUACCCAGAAUUGGCCUAACCCAGUACUAGGCAUGGACCCGGUCAGGUUCGAUUCUGGACUGGCCACUCCUAAGAGGCUGGAUAUCUGGAACCGAGAGUCCGAGAGCGGUCCCAAUUUAAGUCUGAUUCUGAUUUUUUAUUUUUAAAAAUAUUUUUUUGUAUGUUUUUAAACCUUCUGGACCCCCUCCCUACUUUGUUUUAGCCUUCAAAUGAAUUAGGCAGUGUUUUAAAAAGCCAAAAGUAGUGUUUGCAAAUGACAAAUUCUACUUAAUUUAAGUAGUUUUAAGCCAAAAGUUGGAAGCUGGGUUGGGGUUGCUUUUAUCUACUUCUAGGCUUUUUAGUAAAUAAACCCAACUCUGAUGGCAGUUCAAUUCCUGAACAAUUUCGAUUAUCCCCAAAGCUACCCUUCGACCUCACAUCCUGCCUACUAGAACCGGUUUCCAGCAUCAAAGAACCACCCUUCCGCUUUCAUCAAUUAUCAAUGGAAUCUAGUACCACCAGUGGCCAAGCUGUUAUGCCGCCAUUCUGUUCUGCCGCCGCUCUGUUCUGCCGGUGGUGAAGACGAAUGUGUCGCAAGUCUCAUGCGGUGUCGCCGCCGGUGACCAAGCAAUACAUAAAUUCGACAGAGAGCUCCACAAUUUGAUUUCAAAAUGAAGAGAGCUAGAAGUUUUUUUCUAAAUUAAACUAAGAUGAUUAGAAGAGAGCUAGACGGAGAGCUCUAAGCCUCUAAACGGUGGUGGUCAAGCACCUGAAAAAACUUCUCGCUGUAAAAGGAGAGAUCCACAAUUAUUAGAAGGCAUAAAUGUAGGAGUAUUAUAGGUUGAGAAUCACAAGGUUUGAGAAUAUUGUGUAUUGAGAGGUCAGAAAGAGCUUCCGGUCUGUUGGGGAAGGUGCCAGAAAAAUGUAGCUCGAGCAAUAGAAUGUUGGGCAUUCAGGAUGGACCGAUGGAGUAAUAUUUAAUUUAUUUGAGGGGCAUUUUUGUACUUUCACAAAUUACACUACCAAAAAUCAUUUUUUUAUCAAACACUUCAACUUUUACCUUUUAAUUACAA